AUGGCUCCUCGGAACAUAGCCCUUAUUGCUUUCCGCAACGCGGCCACACAGCGUGCACAUUUCGCGAUUUUCAUCCCAUCUGCUACAGAUCAGGACACGGGGACGCUUAUUCACGUUGUUGGCGCCCCUAUGGCCGGCUAUCAACUAGCGUUCAAACGAAACUAUUCUAUCGUGUCAACAAAUCAACAGUACACCAGGCAUGAGAUUGGACAGAUGACUCUCGACUCCACCCCAAAGGGUGCGGUAGAAAUUGCAGCAAGUCAGAUUCGCCCACCGGGAAUCAACGAAAACUUUCCAGCUCCUGUUAAUGAUACUACGAACAAAAGAUGCCAGGAAUGGACAAUGGAGUAUGUUCGUCACCUUGUUCAACUCCAAUACCUUGAUGCUGGCGCCAUCCAGAUUGUACAGUCCAAACGCAAUCCUCCAACUCAUGGUAUUGGCCUGCAGCCAAUUGGGAGGGGUAGAGGAUUGGGCAGAGAUGCUUAG